AUGUCACACACGCGACUUGAGAGCGGAGCCAGCACGGUGCCCACCACGCCGGAGACCGAGUCCAAGCCACAGGGACCCUUUGACCACAUCGAGCAUGAAUUGAACGAGAUCAACGGAUACGAGUACACUGCGUACAACUUCUCGAUCGGCAAGAAGUGGUGGGUUCUCACAGUCGUUGCGCUAUGCCAGACGAGCAUGAACUUUAAUGCGGCAAUAUAUUCUAGUGCAGUGAAGCCGCUCAACGAGCACUAUGGCAUCACGCGAGCUCGUGAUGGCAUGGCCGGGUUCUUGAUCACGUAUGCAUUCGGAUGCGAGCUUUGGGCGCCGUGGUCGGAGGAGUUCGGUCGCUGGAUCAUCAUGCAGCUCAGCUUGGGCUUGAUCAACAUCUGGCAGCCGCUCGCGGCCUGCAGCACCAGCUGGAAUAUGGUGCUGGCGUCUCGUGUGCUAGGCGGAUUCUCGACGGCUGGUGGAUCCGUGACAUUGGGCAUGGUUGCUGAUAUGUUCGAUCCCGAAGAGCAGCAGUAUGCUGUGCUCUGGGCGUCAUUUUGGUCCUGUCUUGGAAGCGUGAUCGGUGGCAUCUGCGGUGGCCCUGUCGAGCAGUACCUCAGCUGGCGCUGGAACUUCUACGUUCAGCUUACAUUCGGAGUCAUCGUCCAGCUUGUCCAUUUCUUCACCGUGCCGGAAACACGCUCGACAGUCAUGUUGGACAGGAAGGCAAAGAAUAUGCGCAAACAAAGCCACGUCAACGUGUACGGUCCGAAUGGCGGCAAGUCGCUCAGGGAGCGUCUGUCAUGGAAGGAGAUCAAAAAGACGAUGUGGCGUCCGUAUCACAUGCUUCUCUUCGAGCCCAUCGUGCUCUUCCUCUCGCUUCUCAGCGGCUUCAGCGACGCCUUGAUCUUCUCUUUCCUCGAGUCGUACGGGAUCGUGUUUGGGCAGUGGAAUUUCGAUGCCGUGCAGUUCAGCUUGGCUAUGUUCGCCCUGCUCAUCGGGUACUGUGUCGCGUACUUUUCCUUCUUCCCAGUCAUUCGCCAUCACAACAGAAUGCGUAAGAAUGGCGACCCAACGCUCACGCCAGAGAGCCGGUUGUGGUGGCUGUUGUUCCUCGCUCCCCUCCUGCCAAUCGGGCUCUUCGGCUCGGCAUUUGUCGUCACUGGGCCUCCGUUGCCAUGGAUCGCUCCGCUCAUUUUCGCCGUCCUCAUCGGGACCGCAAAUAUGGCGAUCUACUACGCGACGAUUGACUACAUGGUAGCCGCAUAUGGAGGGAAAUACGCCGCUUCAGCCACAGGAGGAAACGGCUUCUCGCGUGACCUGCUUGCUGGUCUUUGUGCCUUCUAUACCGGCCCCAUGUACAAGUCACUCGGCACGCAGAACUCGACUUUCCUUCUCUUUGGCGUCUCCUUUCUGGUCUGCAUUCCGGUGUACAUAUUCUACUGGAAAGGUCCGCAGGUGCGUGGCCGCAGCAAGUGGGCAGAAAAGGUCAAGGUCGAGCAGGAAAAGAUGGCCAGAGUGAGAGACGAGAUCAAGGCGAGACGUCAGCAGCUGGCGUGA